UUUAAUACUUGUUCUAAUGAUUUAAAUUUAACAAUUUAUAUCGCUACACAAAAUCAUUUGAAUAAUGACCUGAAAAUUUUACAUAAUGAUAUGAUUGAAAUGUAUAAGUUUUUACAAAUGAUUGAAUGUGGUAUCACGGAUACAGCUAAUAAUAAUGAAAUUACCAUGAACAAGUUAGAAAUUCAAAACAAUGAAAUAAAAUUUAUAGCUGAAAAUAUUGUGGUAGGAAACGAACGACUCAUAGAAAUGAAUGAAGAACUCGAUGGAUACAAAAAGGUAUAUAAAACGAUCAAUUACUUACUAAAUAUGCGAAUAAAUGAACAAGAUUCAAUUAGAGCCAAAGAUAUUAAAGCUUCAGAACUACAAGAUCCACCAAAAUAUGUACCACUACGACUGGGUAGCAGAGUAAAAAUUCAAAAAAAAGUUUUUAAUGCAAUAGAAGUUGCUUGCAAACCCAUUCCUAAAUACAUUUUUCCAAUGGCCCAGAAGUACCUUGCUACCUUGGAAAAAUUGGGUGCUUGCCCAUAUAUUAUUAAGUUUCAUGGACUAUCGGUAAUAGCUACAGUAAAAGUAAUAGUUAUUGAAUGGGCGGAAUAUGGAACUUUAAGGGAUGUUUAUCAAAAUUAUAAGAUUAAUUGGGGAGCGAAGAUUUCUAUUGCAAGAGAUAUUUGUUGUGGCUUGGCUUUUUUGCAAUCAGUGAAUAUUUUGCAUCAUGAUAUUCGAUGUGAAAACGUAUUAAUUAAUGAGAAAAUACAACCUAAACUUUGCAAUUUCUCAUUUCCUAGUGAAUAUUAUGAAAAAAAGAUAUUAUACAGUAGGCAUAAUAUAACAAAUUGGGCAGCACCCGAACUAUUUAAUUUUUUUUUAACAGACCAGAAUAAAAAGUUUAGAAAAUCGGGGGUCCCUAAAUACACUAUUAAAUGCGAAAUUUUUAGUUUUGGAAUGCUUUUAUGGGAACUUGCUUUUCAAGAAAUACCAUAUAAAAAUAUGAGUAUAAUUGAUAUAGAAAAACUUGUUUCGAAAGGUUAUAGAGAAGCAUUGAAUUUGGGAUUAAAUUCUUAUUUAAUUAAAGAGUAUUGUGAAAUUAUUAAACUUUCUUGGCAACAAGAUCCAUCAUUACGUCCAGGAAUCCAAUCUCUUUUUAAUAAGUUGCAGGGGUUAUAUGAGAAAAAUAUAUUAAAAUACAAAGGUACUACUGUAGAUGUACCAUUAUUCCCAGUUAAGGUCGGUCUUGAAGCUCAUAAAGAUGGCAAUUAUAAGAAAGCUUGGGAUAUUUUUGAAACAAAUGCAGAUGUUGGUGAUAUGUUAGCAAAAUAUUGGAAAGGUUAUUAUUAUUUAGUAGGAAUAUAUAUUAAUAAGAACAAAUCAAAGGCAAUGAAAUUAUUUAAAAAAGCAGCAGAUGCUGGUAAUGCUGAUGCUCAAUUACGAUAUGCUUUUUGUUUAAUUAAUAAGGAAAAUAAAAACAUCAAUGCUAUUGAGUUUAUGAAAUAUUUACAAUUAGCAGCUGAUAAUAAUAAUGCUGCAGCUCUUUAUAAUGUUGGUGAUAUAUAUUUCUCUGGUAAAUUGGGCAUCAAAAGGGAUAAGGAAAAAGGAAUUUAUUAUUUAAGACAAGCUGCUUUACGUAAGCAUGCUAGGGCAAAAGAAACACUAGAUAAAAAUAACAUUAGUAUUGAAUACUAAUACAUCAUAUUGACGAUCAGAUUGGUCAAAAAUAUCAGAGAUUCGGAGUUUCCAACAAGCGAACCCGAAAAUUACCUUUUUCAAUUUUAGUAUAACAAAAAUGAGUUUUUAGAAAAAUUAUUAUUUUGCCUUUAGUGCAAGAAAAUUUUAACUUUAAAUAAAUUUGAUACAAAUAUGUAUUACUCUUUAACUUUA